UCCCCUAACCAAUAGAAAGCUCAUUUUUGUUCUCAUUUUCCCAUUCAAAAAUUAGAAGAACUAAAAACUUAAGUAUGAUGAAGAGACAAUUAGGGCUCGUAAUUAUCUUGGUUGUUAUUUUUGUUGGUGUCUUGGACGUUACGCAAGUUGAAGCCAUGAGGCCUUUCCCGGAGGCCGUCGAUGAGAUCAGGCUUUUGUUUCAAGCUCUGCAAAGAGGUCCGGUCCAAGGCUCUGGUCGCAACGGCUGCACAAAUAUUCCUCGUGGUUCAGGCAGAUGCCGCCACGGCUAAGCUGUCAUCCGAAUCUUCUUCCUCUUCAUCAUUCUUUGAUUCCUUUUUUUUCUUCUCCACAUUUGUGUGUUACGUACAUAAUUACAUUUACGUAAUUUUACGAUAGCUUUAGUCUUUAGACUUGGUCUCAUAACACUUGAAUUGUUAUCUACGGAAUCUUCAUUAGUUUUUUUAUUUUAAUUGUUUGUGCAGUGACUCAACACA